GGGGAGGGAGGGAGGGGGCAAGGCAGAGGGAGUGCUUGUGGGGAAGAGGAACAGAAGACUUGUCGGACUUGGGAGUGGGGAAGCGAAUAUAAGGUAAGUAACGAGCACUAAAGAAACAUGCCAAGAAAACGGGUGCUGGAAAAAGAUGACGCUGUCAAAGUGAAGCGGACUAAAGUCAGCCAUCAGUCGCACCAGACGGAGCCCGGACUGGUUCUGACCUUGGGGCAGGGCGACCUUGGGCAAUUGGGCCUCGGACCGGACGUCUUGGCGCGGAAGAGGCCUGCCCUGCUGCAGCUCCCCGAGAAGAUCAUCCAGGCUGAAGCGGGAGGGGUUCACACGGUGUGCCUCAGUGAAACAGGCCAAAUUUACACUUUUGGUUGCAACGACGAGGGUGCCUUGGGGAGGGACACUUCAGAGGAGGGGUCCGACUUUUUGCCGGGACUUGUUGAUCUGAAGGAGAAGGUGGUGCAGGUUUCUGCUGGGGACAGCCACACGGCGGCACUGACAGACGACGGGCGUGUCUUCAUCUGGGGAGCUUUCCGGGAUGAAAAUGGAGUCAUUGGUUUACUUGCUCCUUUGAAGGGCGGAGAGCAGUUGGAGUCUUCCAGUGGCAGUGCUUUUCCUGUGGAGCUGCAGUUGGAUGUGCCAGUCGUUAAAAUUGCCUCAGGGAGCCAUCACUUGGCAUUAGUGUCCAUGGCGGGAGGACUUUACACUUGUGGUUGCGGAGACAACGGCCAACUGGGGCGAGUCCCCCAAGUCUUCACUGCCAGAGGAGGAAGAAAAGGAUUGGAACGGCUGCUGCUCCCACAAGCUGUCGCUAUCAAGCAGAGAGGUUGCAAGACCAAGGGGCAGAUCCGGGACGUCUUCUGCGGUUCUUACUCCACCAUCGCCAUCACCCAGGAGGGCCAUGUCAUUGGGUUCGGCCUCUCCAAUUACUACCAGCUGGGAUCACAAGGAAUUGACACCUACUAUUCGCCAAAGGUUCUGACAGCGUUCAAGAACUCCACCAGAUCCUGGGUUGGGUUCUCAGCUGGGCAACAUCACACUGUGUGUCUGGACUCAGAAGGAACUGUGUGUAGCCUUGGCAGGGCAGACUACGGCAUGUUGGGCCUGGGAGAGGGAGCGUCGGACAAGAACGCCCCCACGGCUGUCCCUGGGCUGCCGAAAGCGUCAUCGGUCGCCUGUGGGGAACGGGUUGGCUUUGCGGUUACGGAAGACGGCCGCGCAUUUGCCUGGGGCAUGGGGUCUAACCUCCAGCUUGCCACUGGGGAUGAAGAGGAUGCCUGGAGUCCCGUUCAGAUGUCUGGCCAGCAGCUGGAGAAUCGCAGCGUUCUCUCGGUGACCGGCGGAGGGCAGCACACCGUCCUCCUCGUGAAGGAACGGCAGAGUUGACAAACUGUUCCUGCAGCCCCGGAGAGAACCAUCCCGGGGGCAGCACUUUCCUGAGUCUUGGGGAACGGGGCUCCUGCGGAAAACUUUCUGAUGUUUCUCUAGGGAGAAAAAUUAGCCAAUAUAAAAUAAUUCCCUUAAGAUGUUGGUAUUUGUUUAAAAAAUGGCUUCCCUCACUGCUCUCAAAGCUAUUGAUAGUCAGGACAAGGUCUUAUUUAAAAAAAUAAAAAAAAUAAACAAGACAAGGGAUAGCAUUUGGCUUUGGAAACACAUGGUGCUUUUGUUCCCUCUCCGCUAUCUGAUUUGCCCUGCUUCUGUAAUCUGCAGAAGUUGUCCUGGUUUCGCCAUCAAACCCGGGGCUUUCAUCUCCUAGACUCUUCCCUUGCUCGCCACUGCCCCCCAGUUUUUAAUGGCUCACCUCAAAAGUUACAAUUUUCUCAGUUUUGGCAUUCAUUCCCUCUUUGGUCCUGGGAGAUGGAUUAACUUGUACACCCAUCGAAAGCAGCCUUACCAAACCUGGUGCCCUCUGAAAGCUAUGGACUCCAGCUCCCAUCAGCCCCAAACCAGUGUGGUCAGGGAUGAUGGGAGUUGUAGUCGGGACAUCUGGCAGGUACCAGUUUGGAGAAGGCUGUUUUUAAGGGGGGGGUUGCCUUUUCUUUAAUCUAGGUGUAGUUUCAAGCUUCUGCCGCCACCUUCCUGGCUGAGGCAAGGCGGGCAGUUAGAAGCAGAGAUGGUUCUUUAGGGUGACCCUGGUUCCUUAUUUAUACACGUGGACUUCUUAAAGAGUUCUCUGGCAGCUGCGAACUCCGCUGCAGAGUGACUCGGGAGCACAGGGACGGGGAAUGUGCAGCCCUCCCACUGUGGUUGGAUUCCCAACUCCUAUCAGCCCCGGCUGACAUGGCCAACAGUCAGGGAUGAUGGGAGUUGUAGUCCAACAUCUGAAGGGUCAGAGGUUAGCCAUGCCUGCCACAGACCCAAAGGACCAUUGACUGUCCUUUCAAGAGCUCCAGAGUCUUUGAGUGCAGCUUCUCCCAUCUGGGUGGCUGUGUGACGGUUCAGGGAAGUUGCCUGUGCCCAAAUGUUUUCCCUGAUUCAGAAUACUUGAGGUAGAGGCAUCGGUUCUAUUAUUUUGGAUAUAUCCUGUAGACGGCAGCCUUUUUAAAGCUGUGUCUGUAAUCCUGGGAGGUUGCAAGGGAGCUGUUGCCCUGACUCUCCAUCUUGGUACCCGUAUUUAGUUUCUACCUGCAUCAGCCGCAGGAAGCCUGUAUCGCUCCAGGUGCUAGACUCCAACUCCCAUCAGCCCCAGCCUGUAUGGCCAACAGCCAGGGAUGAUGGGAGUUGGAGUCCAACAACAUUGGAGGGCCACACCCUGUGCUGAGUGUUGGCUCUGCGGGGCAGAUGUAGGCUUUGGUAAAGCCAGUGGAGGAAAAAUAGCCAGAUUGUACCGACGCACGGAUCGUGUGCGGUAAUCCGACUGGGAUAGAAACUUUGUGUGUCAAUCUCUUCUGCCCACUUUCUUGCUGUUGUCUCCUUCAACCACGUUUUGAAGAUCCUGCCUAGCCCUACGAUGGGCUGUGUUUGGGAAAAUGCCGAGUUGUCGGCAAUAUUUGGGCGCCCUGAGUAUUUUUAUUUUGUUUUUAUUUUGUUUUUAGGAAGCAAGGGAAGCAAAAAGUGGCUUUUAUUUUUUUGCAGGAGAGAUGUGAAUCUGUAAAAAUUCUAACAUUUGAAAUAAAUUGAGUUUUGAUAACUCUUGAGUGUGCA